AUGGCAUCGCUUUCUCAGGCGUAUCCGCUGUCUCGCUCUAAUAAACGGAACGUCACUCAGCCUCUCGUCCGUCCUAUAAGGGCUGGGCCAUUUGGGGCUAGAGGCGAGUCCGCAGCAGCUUCCAGCGGUGAUCUCACCCUGCCCUCUGCCAUAGAGGCACAAACACUGCUACCUGCUUUAUUGACUGCAUCACUACGAACCAUUGUUACU